UUCUACAUUUGAAAUAAUGUUGGAAUCAUAUCAGAGUUUUGCGCUGUUCCAGCUGCUUCUGCUGGUCUCAGUGGUGAUCAUUUACCUUCGAUCGACAUCUUCGGGCAGCUUGGAACCGCAGAAAAUGGAGCCGUUGAAGGAGCCUCCGCCGGCCGAUCGCCUCGUCGUUUUUGUGAGGGACGGCCUCUCUGCUCAGACUUUCUUGGGCAACCGAUGCAGAAAUGUGCCCCUGCUGCGGGAACUAUUCCUGCAUCAGGGUAUAGUGGGUAUCAGUCGGCCAGAUACCACAUAUCACCCGAUAUCCCCCUAUAUUUCCUUAUUUUGCGGCUUUAACGAGGAUGCGGCUAGGGUGGCCCGUGGCUGGAUGCGAGGUCCAGCCCCUAUUGACUCAAUAUUUGAUCUCAAACUCAGUUUUGCAUGGACCACGGCGGAACUACUUUUACGCUUUCCCAAAAAAAGACCCAUGCCAAUGAGGCUCCAAACCUAUGAUGCAGACGUUACAAAAUCCUGCUCCGAACUGGAAGAUGCCGUCUGUCGGUCAGAAAAGUUUCUGUCCGGUGAAUCCCGUCAUUUUCUGAACUCCACUGAAGUCGUAUUCUUUAUACAUAUGACCGGAGUGGAACCAUCCUGUGAAAGCCUUCAGCGGAUUCAAGAAAAUGUGUGGAAGCUCUACGAGAGUUUUGAGAAAUCUUUUCCCGACCAAAGAACGGCUUACUUGUUUACUUCCAAUCUUGGGGAUCCAAAAACGCAAAGCUAUUGCAGUCUGGCAGUUGAAUCUCCUUUCUUUCUUUGGGGUUCUGGAGUUGCUCAUAUUAAAUCCAUGCCAGGACGUAGCUUUUCGGCCAAUGAUACGGGUUAUAGGCUGCCCCUGCAUGUUCUUAAUCCUCCUCAUCUCACAGCUCUUAUGAGUGCCCUGCUGGGAGUCCCACCUCCAGUCAACAGUCGUGGAAUGUUGCCCAGGGGAAUGCUCAACACCAGUCUGCGCUACGAGGCCAAUGCCAUGUUGACCAAUGCCAAGCAGCUCCUGGCUCCUCGUCGAUUGAGGGAGCACCAUCCCAAACAGAUUCCGGCCUUCUGGCUUAACUUUCAGAUGAUGGAUAGAUUCUUAAAGGACGCUUUGGCUCUUAAGGAGCAGCAUCGCUUCAAGGCUCUUCUGGAAUACAGCUGCAAUUUUAUGCCCGUGCUGGUCAAGGGAAUGGACUACUUCAAGAAUUACUAUAGAAAAGUUUUAGUUAUAGCAGUGAGCUUUGCUGAAAUCGGUUGGAUAUAUUGCCUGCGUUGUCAUCUGUCGGCUGGAAGAAAGAGCAGGAACCAAUUGGAUAUCCAAGAAGUAACAUUAUCCAAAAACGUAGUUUUCGUCAGAGGAUUUCACCGAUUGUUUACUGGUCUGCUGGUGAUUUUUAUGAUGCUCGAAAGGAUUCCGUUGAUGGUGCAGGCAGUGCUACUAACGCCUUCCCUCUACUGGAAGGUGACACUUAAGAUUGUGAGCGAGAGACCCAAAAUGGUUUGCCGGAAAAGUUUGAUUUCCUCUGCUUUGCUAAUAGUUAUUUGCUUGGGUGCCUUUUACAGACGUUACAUUCUGGCAGUGGGCUACUUGGGAUUCGCAGGCUAUAACAACAGAGAAGCCUUCCGGAAACGGGGAUUGCAGUUCUACCUGUGGCUACUGCUGCUCCUUGGACUCACCGGUGUAUCUGCACUACCAGAAUCGCUGGGUUGCUCGCAACCCCAAGCUCUCAUGUUUAGCAUCCUGCUAACAGUUCUACGUCCCUUGGCCUGUGGGGUGUAUCUAAAUCUCCUUACCUGGCUGAGCAAUAUCCUCGUUCUCCUUGUUGCCUGCGAGUACAUCCUGGUCGGCUGGCAUCCCUGGACCACAUAUAUGGUGUCCUGGAUUUAUUUGAUCUACCUGGCCAUCUGGAAUCGACGAAGUCUUCAGGCCAGCGAGCUGGUCUUCUUUAACCUGAGCACCCUGUACACCCUCAUCUGCACCUCCUACGAAUCGGUGGUCAUCCAAAUGCUGGCCAUGGAACUGCAACUGGCUCUGCGUAUGAAGCUGGAGAGGAACGAAAGCAUUGGGCCGAAGACAGCUGCCCAUUAUAUAUUAGUGUACAGCUGGUACUCCCUCUUCGUCAUUGGUAGCUUUCCUGCUUUCGAUGACUUCCUGGAUAUCCUGCACGAAACCUGCUUUGGAUAUUCAUCACUGACCUAUGGCCUGGUUAUGGUAAUGAAGUUGCUUCUUCCCUGGCUGCUUGUACUCUGCAUCCUGGCGGGAAACUACAGAAAUCUGGCCUCGCACGAGCGCCAAAUCUUUGUGAGGCUGCUGCUCAUGAGCAGUGCCAUGUCUCUGGUGCUUUUGCAUAGGGUCAUCAGCGUGGGUCCCUGGAGGGAAAUUCUCACCAGAUUCGCUGAAUUUGCGGUGGUCCAGGUGUUUCCACUGCUCUGGCUGCUUUUGUGGCGAUUGGCGCAGUUCAAAGUGGGAUCCAAGUGGAUGUCCCAGCUUCCAGAAUGAGUUACUGUUCCUUAUGUACACAAGUUCUAGU